CCAGAAGUAGCCUCUCCAAUCUCCAUCCCUCUACAAAGUUACUUUUCAGAGCCACUCUCUAUCUCUCUCUCAACGUAACGCCCGUCAAUUCUGAUCCUUGGAUCAAUGGAUUUAGAUGAGGGAAUUGAAAUAGCAGAGAGCUCUGCUGGACAAGAGUUGGUUGUACAGGAAAGUGAUUCUAAUGUGCAGGGAAAUGAUUCAAUUGUAGAACCAUAUGAAGGUAUGGAAUUUGAAUCCGAAGAUGCUGCCAAGAUAUUUUAUGAUGAAUAUGCUCGGCGGGUAGGAUUUGUCAUGCGUGUUAUGUCUUGCCGUCGUUCUGAAAGAGAUGGAAGAAUUCUUGCCCGUCGACUUGGUUGUAAUAAGGAGGGUUAUUGUGUUAGCAUCCGUGGCAAAUUUGGAAAUGUUCGAAAACCGCGUCCUAGUACAAGAGAAGGUUGUAAGGCAAUGAUUCAUGUUAAGUUUGAUAAAUCUGGAAAGUGGGUGAUAACAAAGUUUGUCAAGGACCAUAAUCAUCCUCUUGUAGUGGCUCCACGUGAAGCUCGUCAAACAAUGAGUGAAAAGGACAAGAAAAUUCAAGAGCUAAGCAUGGAACUGCGGAAUAAGAAGCGCUUAUGCGCCAUGUAUCAAGAACAGCUAAAUGCAUUCAUAAAAAUUGUUGAAGAACAUAGUGACCGGCUAACCAAGAAAGUUCAAAAGGUUGUAGGAAAUCUUAAAGAAUUCGAGUCUAUAGAGCAGGAGCUUCUACAGCAUAGAUAGUUUCCACUUUUGAAGUACGUAAAUAUUAGACUCCUGAGUUAUUUUGUUGUGCAAAUUCCCCUUCUGCCGUACAUCUAGGCUAGACAUGUUUAGAAUGAAGAAAUUUAGCCAUACUAACUAUAGAUGUAAUUACAGGAUAGUUUCCUGUUUGCUGAUUUGUAAUUGAUGAACACAGUCAAAGCAAGAAAAUGAGAAUCAAGUUGGCUGUUUGUAAUAUCAA